CCCAAGUGUGUGCAUAAAUAUUGCAUAUAUGACUAAUGACACCCUAUCCAUAUUAUCAAACUAGUUUGUUCGAUAAGCAUCAUUCUGAAGAUGUAAAGCUGAGUUACUAUUACUCCAUAAUCAAAAUGAACAAACGCCAAGCGUCAACAGCUUCUGCGCAAGAGUCUACUUUCGACAAUCGUCCUCGCAAGAGAGUAUGUAAGGCAUGCGACCGAUGUAGGUCAAAGAAAGCCAAGUGCGAUGGGGAAAGCCCCUGUAGCCGUUGUACUCUGGACAAGAGCAACUGUAACUAUGGAGAGAGAAAGUCAGGCCGUGAAAAGGUGUAUCCCAGUGGAUACGCCGAGAUGCUCGAGGAACAGCAGAAAUGGCUAGUCUACGCUGUACAGAAACUAUAUCGACAUAUGACACAAGGAGAAGGAUGGCCUGGGGACUCUUUACCAUGCGAAGAUAACGGCCAUCCGCUUACCCACGACAUACUCUGCCGUUUGGGAGCCCUUGGGCAGACAGAAAACCGUCUAUCGGAAAGUGAGCUGGACAAUACGCAAAAUACAGAGUACAGAACAAGCCCAGAGUCAAUCGAUACUACAUCUGAGACUACGCAUACUACAUCUGAGACUACGCAAACAGUGCGUUUUCCAUCUAUCAUAUCGGAAGAUUUCGUUGGACAGGAUUUACUUGCACCACAAACUGCGGGUUUGCCACAGCAAAGCACAAGCUUCAAGACCGAAUCAUCAAUGCCGCAAAUACCAGCCGGGUUAUUUGCGCCCCAUCUAUCUCUGGAAGAUGCAGGAACUAUGCUACCAUGGCAGACUUCACAGUAUUGGCCAGAUGAUCCUUUCGAUCUCAAUAGUGUGGAUUUCAUACCGGGUUUUGAUUACAUGACUACGUCAUUUGACGAAGCGAUUACACCAAACGUACCCAAUAUAUACUCGUUAUGAUUAUGAACAGCCAGGACUUGUUACGGAGGACAGUUGAGAGACUUCUGCUGAGCCACUGCAUUUAAAUUGAUGGCAGAUCAAUGUUUGUAUUUUUUUAGGGUCUAGAG